CUUCUUUGCUUGCUUGUUUGGAUUUUUCUUGUUUUUAUACUUUCCCUUCUCUUUUUUUGCCAUUAUUAAGUCUCUCUUUCUCCUUAUUUUUAUUGCAUAUACCCGGUACCUACACUUUUUCCCCUAUUCAUUCCGACUUUAGCGCACUUGUCCUCACACCCAAUCCAUUUGAAUUCCUUUAAACUCAAUUCGCAGGCAUGACAGACUUUCUCGAUGCGGCCAACUUUACACCAGUGCUGGGACUCACCGACACUAUAGCCACCUCAUUUCCGAUAGCGGGCAAUGCCAAUGCAUUCACGUCCGAAAUCGACGGACUAUCGGCGUCCGACUCCCUGCUGGCCUCCAUUCUGAUGAUUUUCGUGUCUGAAAUCGGUGACAAGACGUUCCUAAUAGCAGCGAUCCUGGCAAUGAGCAACCCACGGCUGACCAUCUUUCUCGCAGCAUGCUCGGCACUUUGGCUCAUGUCCAUCUUAUCUGCAUUCCUGGGCCACGCCGCAGUGACGUUUAUCCCGAUGUCCUGGGUGUCCAUUGCGGCCGCCGUUAUGUUCCUCGUGUUUGGAAUCAAGCUUCUCGGGGAGGCGCGCGAGAUGGACGGCAGCGAGAUUGCGAAGGAGAUGGAUAGUGUGGAGGCGGAGCUUAGCGAGAAGGAUGCAAAGGGAUUGGAGGCCGGAGAAGGAACAGAGUUUAGCGUCAAUGUGCACGGCGACCGCGCUGUGGCAGCUUCUGCGGAGGCGCGUGGCGGUGUGGUAGGCGCAGUGAAGAAUCUGUUUAGUCUGUUGUUGUCGCCGGUGUUCGUUGAGACUUUUGUCCUGGUGUUUCUGGCUGAAUGGGGGGAUCGCUCGCAGCUGGCGACGAUUGCGCUGGGCGCUGCGCGCAACGUGUAUGGGGUGGCUGCUGGGACUAUCCUCGGGCAUACGUGCUGCACUGGGGUGGCAGUUGUCGGCGGACAGCUGCUUGCCAAGCGGAUAUCUGUGAAAAAGGUCACGUGUGCUGGCGGCAUUCUGUUUAUUGUCUUUUCAAUCAUGUAUGGUUACGAGGCUAUCUCUGCUUAAGAACAUUUUUUAUAAAUAUUUUCAAUUGGAUUUUUUUUGGUAAUACAUGACGGGGCACGGAGAUCCUCGUGUAAGGUU